AUGCCCAACGGCAGCCCUCACAAUGGCCAACCGCACACCACCUCCCCUUCCGUAGCGACCUCUCCUCUAGCGACCGCCUCUUUCCUCACCACCCUCGACCGAAUCCGAACGACCUUGGCUCGGACCUCGCACUCGGAGACCUUGCUUCGCGACGAUGCAUGGCCAGCCAUCCUGAAGCGCAUCCACACAGCGCUCGACACGGGCAAGCCGAUCACAGGUGCAGGACCGAACCGCGGUCUACCGAUGGAUGUCGUCGUGCAGACCCUGAAAGCCAGUUGGCAUGUCGAUGGUACUUGGCCGAUUGGACCAAAUGCGGUGGCCUUGUUGGAGGAGCAGAGCAUCGAGAGGAUGAAGGCAGAGAAGGGCCCGGAGGCAAAGCAGGAUCCUGGGCCGGCGGAUGUCGCGAAGAUGUAUAGAGAGAGAGGUGUGGCUGUUGAAGAGCUCCAGACGGUGGAUGACGAUGAUUGGUGA